AUGGUAAAUGGGUUCGGUAAUGGGAAAGACAGUAAAAAUCCAAACUGUAAGUCAACUAUUCAGUGGUGGAAUACCUACCCCAGUGAAAGAGUAUCCGGAGCUGCUGUCAUUUUACCUUCCUUUAGACGUUUUCCAACAAUUCAUCUAAAAAAAGCAAUGAAGCUUCCUUCCAGUGAACAUAUUUUAUUUGCUAUUUUAAAAGCCAGUGGGAUUAGAAUAAAUGCUGUUUUGGACAUUUGUGGGAGAACUUGGAUAAACAAAUUUAAAACUUCUUUAAAAAUUUGGAUUUCAUUAAGCUUUCUUGUUAAAAUUGCUGCCAAAAUAAAAUAUCAGAAUUACGAAAGUUUAGGAAAUAAUUUCCGAAUUACAUUACCGUUCAUGAAAAGCCGGAAUUUUAGUUUUACAAACGAAACUGAAAGAAAAAAGUCAAUACCUGGGGAGGAGAUUCAGCACAGAUAUGCUAACUACUCAAAACCGAAAUUAUUCCCUAUUCUCUACACCGUUGGCAAAACCAGACAAAUUUGA